AUGGGUCAGUUUUUUUUAGCAAAAGUCGUGAAAGGUGUGUAAUUCUGUCAGUUUUCAGUUUCUCUUCGCAGUGGAAAACGAACGAAUCGCUCGGUAAAAUUUUCAGGCAUUUGUUUUUUUAAAAUGUGAACGCUUCCAGAACAAUUCACCUGCCGCUCAACAAUCCGAGACUCCGAGAAGACCGAGAAAAGAGAAUAAGGUGGCGGAACCGGAGCCUGAGCCAGAAGUAGAGUCAGAGCCAGAGCCAGAAGAUGUCUCCGAUGAGAUUCCAGAGGAAACAAGCGAACCGUCGCCGGACGUUUUUGCUUCGCAAGAAUCUCCAGAAUUUCUGAAUCUGGAAGCCGAUGAGGACGAUGAAAUUGUUCCUGAUUCGGAGGGGGAAAUGGAAGUAGAAGUUGCGGCUGACAAAAAAGGCGAGAAAGCAAUGCCAGAAGAAUCUGAACAGUCUGAAGACGACGACGAUGAUAUUCCAACAGAAAUAUCGUCAAAGAAGGUGGAAAAUGUGCCAGAAGCAUCCGGAGCUUCUGACGACGAUGACGAUGAACCGAUGGAGGUGACGUCAAAAGAUGCCAAGGAAUCUGGUGCACAUAAGUCUGUCGUCGAGAAACUUUUGGAGAAAAGAGCUGACAAGGAGGCGAAGCUUGCUGCGAAAAAACUGAAGAAGAAGAAUAAGAAGCAGAAAAGGGAGUCAAAAAAGAUUGCUGAAGGCAUUUUCGAAGUUAAAAUGAAGAAGAGGUUAGCAAGCGCGAAAUAUUCCAGUUAAUCGUGAUUUGGUGAUUUGCAGCACGGCCAAGUUCAACGUGGUAACCUUGAGCGGAGGAGUUCGAAAUAUGCUGGAGCCGCAAGUCAACUUCCGAGAGGAACUUCUGAAAGCAAGAACCGCCGGAACACGUGUCGCAGACCAGAGCAAGUACCAACAACGCUCGAAAUGGGUCUCAAAACGUUAA